CUGGUUGCUAAGGAAGUGGGUCGCGGAGCCAGGUUGCUAAGGAAGUGAGCGGCCACUGUCUCUCCCCAUCCGGGGCAGCGGGGAAUGGCUGAGCCAGGGGUUCGCCGCCCCCGCCGCCGCCGCCGCCGCCGCCGCCGCCGCCGCCCGCUUUUGGUUCCGGCCGCAGGCCCUUAGCAUUCUGAUACAUUUUGAGUUGACACCUCUCAAGAUUGACUGGGUCAGAGUUCAUCAUGUCAAAGUUGAAAAGCUCAGAGUCAGUCAGGGUGGUGGUUCGCUGUCGGCCCAUGAAUGGCAAGGAAAAGGCUGCUUCAUAUGACACAGUGGUGGAUGUGGAUGUUAAGCUGGGGCAGGUGUCUGUGAAGAACCCCAAAGGGAUGGCCCAUGAAAUGCCCAAGACCUUCACCUUUGACGCAGUCUACGACUGGAAUGCCAAGCAGUUUGAACUGUACGAUGAGACAUUCCGACCGCUUGUUGACUCCGUCCUGCAAGGUUUCAAUGGAACCAUUUUUGCCUAUGGACAAACUGGGACGGGAAAAACCUACACAAUGGAAGGAAUCCGUGGUGACCCGGAAAAACGAGGAGUCAUUCCCAACUCAUUUGACCACAUCUUCACCCACAUCUCUCGAUCCCAGAAUCAACAGUACCUGGUCAGGGCUUCUUACUUAGAGAUCUACCAGGAGGAGAUCCGAGAUCUGCUCUCAAAGGAUCAGACCAAACGGCUUGAGCUCAAAGAGAGGCCUGACACAGGAGUGUAUGUGAAAGACCUGUCUUCCUUUGUCACCAAGAGUGUGAAGGAGAUAGAGCACGUGAUGAAUGUGGGGAACCAGAACCGUUCUGUCGGUGCUACCAACAUGAACGAGCACAGCUCGCGUUCUCACGCAAUUUUCGUUAUCACUAUUGAGUGCAGCGAGGUGGGCCUCGAUGGUGAAAACCACAUCCGUGUAGGGAAAUUGAACCUUGUAGAUCUUGCUGGCAGUGAACGGCAAGCCAAGACUGGUGCACAAGGGGAAAGAUUAAAAGAAGCUACCAAGAUCAACCUCUCCCUUUCCGCUUUGGGUAACGUCAUCUCUGCUCUGGUGGACGGCAAAAGCACUCACAUUCCAUAUCGGGACUCAAAGCUUACCAGGCUCCUCCAAGAUUCCCUUGGUGGCAAUGCUAAGACUGUGAUGGUGGCCAAUGUGGGGCCUGCCUCUUACAAUGUAGAAGAGACUCUGACCACUCUGCGAUAUGCCAACCGUGCCAAAAACAUUAAGAACAAACCAAGGGUCAAUGAGGACCCCAAGGAUGCCCUCCUUCGAGAAUUCCAGGAAGAAAUUGCUCGGCUCAAGGCCCAGCUGGAAAAACGGUCCAUAGGCAGGAGGAGGAGACGAGAGAAACGGAGGGAAGGUGGCAGUGGUGGAGGUGGGGAAGAGGAGGAGGAGGAGGGAGAAGAGGGUGAGGAGGAAGGGGACGAUAAGGAUGAUUACUGGCGGGAACAGCAAGAAAAACUGGAGAUUGAGAAACGGGCCAUUGUAGAGGAUCACAGCUUGGUUGCAGAAGAGAAGAUGAGGCUACUGAAGGAGAAGGAGAAGAAGAUGGAGGACCUGCGGCGGGAGAAGGAUGCUGCCGAGAUGCUGGGCGCCAAGAUCAAGGCCAUGGAGAGUAAGUUGCUUGUUGGAGGAAAAAAUAUAGUAGAUCAUACGAAUGAGCAGCAGAAAAUCCUGGAGCAGAAACGACAGGAAAUUGCAGAGCAGAAACGUCGAGAAAGAGAAAUCCAGCAACAGAUGGAAAGUCGAGAUGAGGAGACCUUGGAACUUAAAGAGACAUACAGUUCAUUGCAGCAAGAGGUGGACAUCAAGACCAAAAAACUCAAAAAGCUCUUCUCCAAGCUUCAGGCAGUGAAGGCUGAGAUCCACGACCUCCAAGAAGAACACAUCAAGGAGCGCCAAGAGCUGGAGCAGACUCAGAAUGAGCUCACCAGGGAGUUGAAGCUCAAGCAUCUUAUUAUAGAAAACUUUAUCCCUCUGGAAGAAAAAAGUAAAAUUAUGAAUAGAGCUUUCUUUGAUGAAGAGGAAGAUCAUUGGAAACUACAUCCUAUAACCAGACUGGAGAACCAGCAGAUGAUGAAGCGGCCAGUCUCAGCCGUGGGAUAUAAGAGACCACUGAGCCAGCACGCAAGAAUGUCCAUGAUGAUUCGUCCAGAGCCCCGAUACAGGGCAGAAAACAUUGUGCUGUUAGAGCUGGACAUGCCCAGCCGGACGACCAGAGACUAUGAGGGCCCAGCCAUUGCCCCCAAGGUCCAGGCUGCAUUGGAUGCAGCCCUGCAGGAUGAAGAUGAGAUACAGGUGGAUGCAUCAUCCUUUGAAAGCACUGCAAAUAAGAAAUCCAAGGCCAGGCCUAAAAGUGGAAGGAAGUCGGGAUCCUCCUCCUCUUCCUCAGGAACCCCUGCAUCUCAGCUUUAUCCACAGUCUCGGGGGCUGGUUCCAAAGUAAAGCCAGCUCCUCUUCUCCCAGGGUGGACACAGCAUUUGCCUUCUGAGAGAAGACUAGCAAAAAGCUACAGAGAGGACUUCAGCCCAAACUCAGAACUGUUCCCCUGAGGAGAAGUGAUGGCCUCUUUGCAGAUCAACCAACUUAACCUGGUCAAAUGUGCUGGUCCUCAUCUGGCACUCAGCUCCUCUGGGAAACAUCUUUUAAUUAGCAUCUCAGAAAUGCAUGGGUAAGGUACAGUGCGAUAGUCCAAGUGGAAAGCAAGAGAAUGACCAGUGACCUUGCUUCCUUCCCCCUUGCCUUCUUCUCCCCCUUCCCCUGCUCUCCCUUUGUCUCCCCUCUCCUUUUCCAGCCUGUUCUUUACAUGGGGCUCCCUUCUUGUUGAACAAUAGGGCAGAAUCAGGAGUCACCUUAGCAGGACCACAUCCAAGAGCCUCAGGAUAAAAUGACAGUGAGGUUGAAAAGUAAAAGCCCUAGAACUUGAAUAGGUGCCUGUUCUUGUUGGAGAAAUGAGAAAUCGCAUUUGGAUCCAGGCCCCAGAUGGGCCCCAUCAGCAGUCCUGCUUCCAAGCACCUCAGUAAGAAGCGGAUCUGCCCUUGAGAGCUGCUCAGUGAGGAAAUCUCUUCCAGUUUCUGCUUCUGAAGGACUCAAUGUUGGGAGCAAUAGAAAUAACAUUCCCUUUGCCUCCUCGGGAAUGUUUAGGGAAACAGCUUCUUUAAAACCUCAAAACCGUGACCAUCCUUUCAAAGACCUAAGUCUCUAAGCCUGUAAGCUGGUGCCAUGCCCAUACACCAUGCCACUUGACUCUUCAUUUGUCACCAUCUUUUCCCAAUCAUGCAUACUCUGAGCAUCCUUGUGUGGGUCCAUCCUCUGCCUCCAGAGCAUGCUUUGCAGUGGGCCUGUUUCGUGGGAGAAAGGAGGCUGGUUCUGCCUUCUCUGAUAGGGCUAGAGUUGAGGGAAGGGGUUGUAUAGUGGCACUUUUGAAUUCCCUGUUUUGUUCCAUAUUGGUACAGAGAGCAGAAGAGUAGCUAGGCAGACACAGAGAUGGAGACAUGAGACUCAGUGCAGUGGGUAGGAAAGGCAUAACAGAUGGAAGCAAAGGAAUCUGCCUGUCUUUAGCAGAGACAGAACUCACCAAAUCCUAGAACUGUGGCUCCCUCCAGGCUCAGACCUAAGAUGCUGUCAAGAGUGGCUGCGUGAUUGAAUAGGCUCAGAGGAGAGUUCAGAAUUCCUGUUUACAUAUACUAGUUUGGUUUGUAAGUUUUAGUUCCUUGUACUGUUGAGAUUCAGAGUUUCAUUUUAUGUUGGUCAUUAGGUGAAUAUUACUCAUUUUCCCCCAAGAGAAGCUCAUGAGUGUGUGAGGGUGUGAGAACACAAUGGUGCCUGUUUUGUGAAUGUGUCCAUGUGUGUUUGUAAGAGAGACCAAGAACUUGCCCAAUAUUAGAAAUACACUAAUGUGCAGUUGUUGCCUUUUAUCUUUAUUAAAGGCCCAUUGAAUGACUAAUCCACGCUAGAAGCAUUCCCAUGUGGGUGUCUGAGUCCAUGAGCCAAGCCUGAGGGGACAGUGUGAGUCUCCAGGUCUGCCACACUGGUGCACCUUGCUGGCACGGUGCCUCAGGAAAGUGGCGACUAAGGUGGGCCUUGAGUUAUACUUUAACUCAGCUGCUCAGUUCCCAGGGCACAUUUCUGGAUCAGAACUCAUGGGAAAUAGGAGGUACUAAGUGCAAUGUCUUAGCAUUCUGCAGAAUGGAGAUCUGUUGUCCAGUGGCUUAUCUCCUUUUUAGGAACCCUUCUUUUUGAACCCAGGGCCCUUUUCAGCAUAAUAGAGCCUUCCCUCCUCUUUUCUUGAGAUCAAACCUUGCUUCUUAUUUACUAAGGAUUUGCCUGUUUGAAAUAGAGCAAAACACUAAGGUGGAUAGCCUAAGCUGGUUGUUUGCUAGUUACACGUGUCUCACAACACAUAUCGUCAAAGCUAAUCUGAAUUCUGUAGGCUAAAAAUAUUUAUGUAGCAAAUCCGAGAACUGAAAACUGCAGAUAACUGGCUGGGUAUAGUGGUUCGUGCCUAUAAUCCUAGCACUUUGGGAGGCCGAGGUGGUUGCAUCACCUGAGGUCAGGAGUUCGAGACCAGCCUGGCCAACAUGGUGAAACCCCAUCUCUAUUAAAAAUACAAAAAUUUACUAGGUGUGGUGGUGCACACCUGUAGUCCUAGUAUUUGGAAGGCUGAGGCACAAGAAUCGCUUGAACCUGGGAGGUAGAGGUUGCAGUGAGUCAAAAUCCACCACUGCAUUCCAGCCACCUCAAAAAAAGGAAAAAAAGAAAAGAAAAGAAAACUGCAGAUAACCCUAUACCUUAAUACUGGUAUCCUGAGGUGACUCUUCUGACCAAGGGUGGUUAAGUGACACACAGAACUUUUCUAAGAAGGCAAAAGAAGACUCAUUUGGAAAUGAAGCCGUCCUUUUCCAAGCAGUCUCUGGUGCUUUUCUUCUCUCAAAAUGGAUCCGAUAAAUAUUUGAAUAGAGCAGAUUGUAGAAUGUCUUGCUGCCACCAGAAAGCUGCUUGCUUUGGGCUCUAUAUUGAGCCAAAUAGGUAGAGGACCUACCAAGCCCACUGAGGGACCAGGUUUUCUUGUCUCGAGUCAUAUGUAGGAUGUUCUGAGCCGUCUGAGGGCCUUCAUGCCAGCAGCAGCUAGCGAAGUCUGAAAGCAAGUCUAACAGGAUCUAAGAGGACCAUCAAGAGAAGGAGUUUGAGACUGUAUAUGCAACCCCAGGAGACCCCCUUUUGCUGUGAUCUGGAGAAUGUAUCUGGCUUCAUAUUUUAAAGUCCAUGUCUCUCAGACCCCUGGAUUCAGAACCCAAGGCCCCAAAUCGUAGGCAUGAAGCACUUUCUUAAGACUGACCUACCGCUGGAUUGUUUCCCGUCUAAUGCCUGCAUGCUGCUUGAAUCGCUCACCUACACCUCCGUGACCAAGGGCGCCAGAGUGCUGCAGCGUGGGCAGGGGCCAUGCUCUGCUUUUCCUGUCUGACUCUGACAAGUCCUCCCUCACUGAAUGUAGAAUCGUUGCCAAGUUUCUGAGAAGUGUCCAUUUCCUGUUAACGUGGAUAUCGGUUCUGCCUCACAUUUCCCACUUGGGGUUGAGGCGUGUUGGACCAUCUGAACCCCAUCAGUGGACGAAAAUGGGGCUGUUAAUACUAAAAGCCAUAGUAACAAUGCUCGGAGGGAACUGGCUGAGAAUAGUGGGCCUGGCGAUUGUCUAUCACACAAGGCUUUGUUCUGUACUGUUGAGAAAUCUGUCACCUUUCUGCCUGUCCUUGUUUCCUGAAUGAAAUGCUUCUGGGUUAUUUAUGAAAGGAGUGAUCCUGGGGCAGGCAGGAGGCAGUGAGCUUCAUGGCUCUUUGAAGUUGUUAUUGAUCUUGACCUUCUCUUUGGCUACCUUUAGACGAAGAAUAUGCCAAUCAAUACUUGGGGCUCUAAGUUUUACAAUUGAUAUUUAUUUGUAUCAUCUCUUUGUCUAGGAAUGUAAAAGUGAUUCUAAACUAAGAUGUGUAAUAAAAAUCAAUCAGAUUUAUUGUACCUACAAAAAAGUGUCCUUAUAAAUGACUAAGGGGUUUGAAAAUGACAUGCCUGUGGCUGACACCUGACAUUUUCGAUAAACAUUUUAAUUGGGUGGGAGUAGGAAAAUGAAGAUUUAGUUGUGAUGCUGAUGUUAUCUAAUAUGGCGACAAGAGGCAGGGUGCAGUGGCUCACACCUGUAACCGUAGAACUUUGGGAGGCUGAGGCAGGAGAACAACUUGAACCCAGGAGGAGAAGAUUGCAGUGAGCCGAGAUUGCACCAAUGCACUCCAGCCUGGGCCGAGAGCGAGACUCAAUCUCAAAAAAAUAAUAAAAAUAAAUAAAUAAUAUAGCAACAAAGAAAAUAGACAUAAAAUGAAGAAGGGCAGAGUGACAAGUAACUGCUUUUCAUGUUUUUCCAUAGAGGUUCCUGAGACAGACCUGGCCAACAGGCAUGAAAUUUCUUUUAACUUUUGUCUUUUGUUUUAAAAAUUCCUUUAAAAAGGCCGACCGCGGUGGCUCACGCCUGUAAUCCCAGCACUUUGGGAGGUCAAGAGAUCGAGACCAUCCUGGUCAACAUGGUGAAACCCCAUCUCUACUAAAAAUACAAAAAAUUAGCUGGGCACAGUGGCACGUGCCUGUAAUCCCAGCUACUCAGGAGGCUGAGGCAGGAGAAUUGCCUGAACCCAGGAGGCAGAGGUUGCGGUGAGCCGAGAUCGCGCCAUUGCACUCCAGCCUGGGUAACAAGAGCGAAACUCCAUCUCAAAAAAUAAAUAAAUAAAUAUUUCUUUAAAUGUACUAUUACAUGUCAUACGUAAAUAUACAUCUGUGCUUUUUUUUUUUUUUUGGAACAGGGUGUCACUCUGUUGCCCAGGCUCGAGUGCAGUGGUGUGGUCAUGGCUCUCUGCAGCCUCAACCUCGCAGGCUCAAGUGAUCUUCCCACCUCAGCCGGGACUAUAGGUGUGCACCAUUAUGCCUGACUAGUUUUUUAUUUUUUAUAGAAAUGUGAUCUCACUAUUUUGCACAGGCUGCUCUGUGCCUUUUUUAACACAAAAAUAUUUUAUGUUGUUUACCAACAAGAAAAAAAGAUACAAAAAAUGGGCCACACAUUGUCUCAUGGAAUCCCAUGCUCCUAGGCCUGCUGGAGUGACCCUGGGGGAUUGUGCACCCUAGUUGAGACGUGGGACUGGGUGGAAGGAGCACAGACCCUGGACUCCAAGCUGGAUUUGAAUUCUGGUAUUGCCACCGCUUACUAGCCACGUGACUAGCACACAUUUAGUUUCCCUCUCUGAACUUUCAGGUCUUUUGUCUAUAAAGUGGUGUGAUUAUCUUCACUUUGAAGGGCCGUUGUGAGGAUCAGCGAUACAUUUAAAACAACAAGUACAGGAUGUAGAUAGAGCAGAUAUUUAAAAAUGUGGUUACUGCUAUGAUAAGGCACUGUGUUUAGAAGAUACCAUGAACGCCUUGGGUCCUGAGAAACUAGAAUUCAAUAUUGGACAUACCAUCUUCAGAAAAUCCUAAGGAAAAGCCAUUAACCAUUUAGCAAUGUAUGUGGAGUACCUAGUAUGUGUCAAGCUAUUCUAGGCACUAGAUACAUAGAUGUAACACCAGAAACCUGCCUGCAUGGAACUUGCACUUUAAUGGGGGUGGAGGAUGGGUAAAUGUUAAAUUAACCAAAUGCACAUAAAGAUAGGAUUGCGAAUUGUGACAAUGCCAUGAAGUUAUAGAAUAGGUUUUGUGUUUUGUUUUUGAGGUGAGCUCUUGCUCUGUUACCCAGGCUGAAGUACAGUGAUGUGAUCAUGGCUCACUGUACCCUUGACCUCCUGGGCUCAAACAGCCCUGCCCCAGUCCUCCAAGCAACUGGAACCAAGGUGCAAACCACUACACCCGACUAAUUUUUUUUUUUUUUUUAAGAGAUGGGAUUUUGUCAUUUUGCCUAAGAUGGUCUUGAACUCAUGGGCUUAAGUGAUCCUCCUGCCUCAGCUUCCCAAAGUGCUCGGAUUAUAAUCGUGAGCCACCCUGCAUGGCCAAUAUAAUAGAAUAUUAGAAGAGAAUAGUGGAGGCGUAAUUUAGAUGGGGUGGGUAAAGUAGGGAAGAGCUUUUUGAAGAAAUGGCAGUAAUGGCAGUUACAGUGAGAUCUAAAGGACAAGAGUUAGCUGGGCAAGGAGGAGGGAAGGGCAUUUGUGAAGGGAUGGGGGAACAGUAUUUGCAAGGGUUUGCAGAACAGACUCGAAUUUCACAAGAAGGUGUCUGCAGUCCCUUUUUACCCUCACUAGAGGGAAGCAUGGAGAACUAUUGCAGAAAAGAUUUCAGUCUAGGACUGGAAAGGUACCAACAAAAAAUGUAAAGAACACAAGGGGACAGUGGCCUGUGCGACUCAGGCAAAGGUUUCAUAAUUGUGUUUCUUCCUGAGAUGCUUUCAAACUAUGUGUAAUGUCUGUUUACUCCCCACCCUUCCAAAAAUAGUUAAGAAACAGCUUGGCUUAGCCUAAAGAAUGAGUCGUUUAGAAUAGUUCAGAAUCCAUUACUCAGAAAGCAAGAGUUCAAAGUGUGAUUUGAAGAACUGUGUGUUCUUGAAAAUGACAGAAUUUGCCGGGCGUGGUGGUUCACACCUAUAAUCCCAGCACUUUGGGAGGCCAAGGGGGCAGAUCACCUGAGGUUUGGAGUUCGAGACCAGCCUGACCAACAUGGAGAAACUCUGUCUCUGCUAAGUUUCUACAGAAUUAGCCGGUGCAUGCCUGUAAUCACAGUUACUCAGAAGUCUGAGGCAGGAGAAUUGAUUGAACCCAGGAGGUGGAGGUUGUGGUCAACCAAGACCGCACCAUUACACUCCAGCAUAGGCAAGGAGUGAAACUCCAUCUAUCCGUCUGAAAAAAAAAAAAAAAAGAAAAUAGGAAAUGACAGAAUUCUUGGUUGGGCCAGAGUCUAAUUCAUGAGGGGAGAUACAGGACAGACAGGGCACCUGGGCAACUUGGAAACUCCUACCAACUCAGUUUUAUUUUUGUCUUUUGAAUUUUUAAAAUUUUAAUCAAGAAACGACUGAAUUUUGGAAACUGUAUUUUGAACUUCAAACUGAUCAUUUAAGUCUUAGGGCUUGUGAUUUUGGCAGGCCCUCUGUUACUAGAGUCACCAUCUGAUUGAAGCUUACCCUAAGAAUCUGGUCUCCAAGGACCAUGUGGUGGCCACAUCUGCCAACUGGGUUGUCAGUGGCAUUUGUCAAGGACGUAACUGUAGCUCUUGCAGCUGCUGUUUUAUCCUCAGUUUCUCUCACUCAUCUUGUGGUUAACUGGUCCCUGGGUGCUUCAGUGAGGCGUGCCAACGGGGAACUUAACUGUUGGGGUGGAGGAACGGGCAGAGGGAGCGAUGGCUCACCGCAUCUCAAGGGGACAGUGCAGCUCGCAGCCACUUGUUGAAUGCUCUCUGUGUACCAGGUGUCUUGCCCUGCCCUGGAGAGAGGGAGGUGAGUAGAUGCAUCAUGGUCCUUCUGAGGAGAUGGGAGACAGAAACACAAGGAUGGCAAUUCAGAGCACUUGGUGCCCAAGAGGCCUGCCUCCUCUCCCCACACAGCCCUCCUAGUCCUCUGAGGCCGGAGCCACAAAGGCCUCCAUUGGUUCCUGGUUAUGCCAUGUGCUUUCCUGCCCAGCACCUUCACACCUUCACACAUGCCAUGCCCUCUGCCUGAAACAUUUUCUCCCCAUUCUUUGCUUGGCUAACUCCUGCUCAUCCAUCAGGAAGCAGUUGAAUGUCACUUCCUCAGAGAAGCCUUCCCCAUGGUGGUUUUCCCCAUCUCCACCUGGCUGUGUGGUGUCUCUCACCAUGUCUUGUUUCCUUCUUAGCCCUGUUCCCAGUUUGUAAUUAUGUAUUUCUUUGCACUGGUCUCUCCAACUAGACAGUGCUCCCUGCAUGUUGUGUUUUCUAAUGUUGACACUGAGGUGAGUCAGAUGGCUGGAUCGGUACUGACACCUACAGCUCCCAACACAGUGUUAUCUGUCAGAGGAAGGAGAGGAAGAGCAAGGUUUUGCAAAGGAGGCAACAGAGAAUGAGUAGGAACCAGGUGUGCUGAGUCACACCUAUGAUCUCAGCACUUUGGGAGGCUAAGGCAGGAGGAUCACUUGAGGCCAGGAAUUCAAGACCAGGCUGGGCAACAUAGUGAGACCUCAUUUCCACAAACAAAAAAAUGUUUUUAAUUCAUCAGGCAUAGUGGCAUGAACCUGUAGUCCCAGCUACUCAGGAGGUUGAGGUUGGAGGCUCACUUGAGCCUGGGAGGUCAAGGCUGCAGUGAGUUAUGAUUGCGCCACUGCACUCUAGCCUGUGUGACAGAGGAAGGAAGGGUGAGCAUGCCAGACAAAGAAGAAGACAACAUGGAUAAAUGCAAGGAGAGUUCCUGGUGACUGGGGAAUCUGAUGGGCCUGGAGUGAUGGAAUGGAUGUGGAGAAUGGAGCUGGGAGGGUCUCAACUCCAUGGCUCAAGUUGGAGGGAGAGCCCUUGGAGGCUUUUGUGUGUUUUGGAGACCAGGGGAGCAAAGCACAGCCCUAUUUACACUCGAGUAUUUUCUCCUUAAGCCAGCCUGGCAUGCUGUUAUUUCUUUUUGAGAUAACAGAAAGCAGUUUCACUAAGUGCCUGCUUUAAGUUGGCCUGCUGUUCACGCAGCUUUCGGGGCUGAGUUGGCAAAUUGCCUUCUGCCAGGAGCUUUCUCUGGCACAGCUACUCCCCAAGGAAUUCUAAGGAGCACUUGAGCUUGACUCCAAGGUCUUAGUUCCCUAGGAAUGGGGCCCAGUCUUUUUUCAGGGCAGUGGGCUGGAAGGUGGCCCCUUUUCUGCAUUUGGCAGCAGAGAAAUUAAACUUCUGCCAUUGGUUCAGGGAUUUGUUUUUCUGUUCAGUCAACAAAAGAUUAACCUCUGCUGUUCAAGACUCUAUGUCAUGGGCUACAGCUGUGAACCCUGCUCUUGAAGAACUCUCAGUCUGGAGGAAAUUCUGGCCAUUCACAAAUGAGUAAAUUUAAGGUGAGCAGUGGCACAGAUACAGCACAAAGGAGGGGUCACAGAUUUCCACAAAGGGCUUUGUUAUGCAGUGAUCACCCUGUGCUGGAUUAUUCCAGGGACAGUGAGGAGCCAGGGCAUUGGCGUCAGAUUCAUUUAUUCAUUCUUUGAGCAUCUACUAAGUACUGGGCAUUCCUCUAGAUCCUGGGGAUAUAGAAGGAAGGCCCAGCCCUAAGGGAUGUCAGUCGCAUCCUAAUAGGGGAGGCAGCUGGUUGUCAAAGGACACACAUGCUGUGUCUAAUGGUGGUCAGAAGUGCUCUGAAGUAAAACCAGGCAGGUCAGAGAGUAAAGAGCUGGGGGUAUGGCCGAGCUGGAUUGGGAGGGCAGGGAAGGCAUCUCUGGAGUGAUGAGAUGUAUGUUUGAGCAGAGCCCUGAAUGAAAUUAGGGAGCAAGCUGUGUGAGCAUCUGGUACCUGGAGGCAGAAUAUUCUAAAAAGUAAGAGUCAGAGUGUGGCUGGGCACGGUGGCUCACACCUGUAAUCCCAGCACAUUGAGAGGCUAAGGCUGGCGGAUCACCUGAGGUCAAGUUUGAGAUCAGCCUGGCCAACAUGGUAAAACCCCGUCUCUACUAAAAUAUAAAAAUUAGCCAGGUGUGGUGACAUGUGCCGUAAUUGCAGCUACUCAGGAGGCUGAGGCAGGAGAAUCCUUUGAACCUAGGAGGCGGAGAUUGCAGUGAGCUGAGAUUGCGCCGUUGCACUCUAGCCUGGGUAACAGGGCGAGACUCUGUUUCAAAAAAAAAGAGAAAGAAAAAAGUAAAAGAGUGCAAAGGAGGUGGGAGUGCAUUUAGGGGCAGCAAGGGGACUAAGGGUACCUAGUGGGCAGUAGGUUGGGAAUGUGGGCAGGGGCCAAAUCUGAAUGGUAAGUGGAUUUUAUUUUUGAGCCAUUGGACAUUUCUUUUUAAAAAAAAUAUGGAACAGGCUGGGUGCGAUGGCUCACGCCUGUAAUCCUAGCACUUUGGGAGGCCGAGGUGGGUGGAUCACCUGAGGUCAGGAAUUCAAGACCGGCCUGGCCAUCAUGGUGAAACCCCAUCUUUAAAAAAAUAUAAAUAUGGAACACUUCACAAAUUUGCAUGUCAUCCUCGCGCAGGGGCCAUGCUAAUCUUCUCUGUAUCGUUCCUAUUUUAGUACAUGUGCUGCCGAAGCGAGCACGUGAGCCAUUGGACACUUCUGAGCAAAAGAGGGAAAGGAUCUGACAGGAAUUCCCUGAAAGGAUCCCUCUGGCUGCUUGGUGGAGAUAAACCUUAGGGAGCAUGAGGGGAAGUGAGGAGACUGCUUUGAAAUUCAACCUCUGCUACUUGCUUCCAUGUGUUUUAUUCCUUUUUGAAAAAAACAAAAACAAAAACAAAAAACCAACCCACACAGAUGUAUUGAGAUUUACAGUCAUGCAUCCCUUAACAAUGGGGAGACUAUCUGAGAAGUGCAUCGUUAGGUGAUUUCAUCAUUGUGUGAUCGCCGUGGAGUGUAUAUGCACAAGCCUACGUAUAGCCUACCGCACAGUUAGGCUGUGUGCUCUAGCCUGUUGCUCCCAGGCUACAAACCUGUAAAGCGUGGUACUGCACUGAAUACUGUAGGCAACUGUAACAAAAAGUAUUUGUGUGUCUAAACAUUUCUAAACAGAAAAGGUACAGUAAAAAUAUGAAUUUUUUUUUUUGAGACGCACUCUCACUCUGUCAUCACGCUGGAGUACAGUGGCAUGAUCUUGGCUCACUGCAACCUCCACCUCCCAGGUUCAAAUGACUCUUCUGCCUCAACCUCCCAAGUAGCUGGGACUACAGGCACCUAUCACCGCGCCCGGCUAAUUUUUUGUAUGUUUAGUAGAGAAAGGAUGUCACUAUAUUGGCCAGGCUGGUCUUGAACUCCUGACCUCGUGAUCCACCCACCUCAGUCUCCCAAAGGGCUGGGAUUACAGAUGUGAGCCACCGCGCCCGGCCAAAAUAUGGUAUGAUAAUCUUAUGGGACCACUGUGUUAUAUGCAGUCUGUCAUUGACCAGUUGUCCUUAUGUGGUGUGUGACUGUCAUUUACUUACCAUACCGUUUGCCAAUUUAGUGUACCAUUCAACAGUUUUUCAGUAUAUUCACAGUUGUGUAACCAUCACCAUCAUUAACUUAAUUUAAUUUUUAAUUUUAAUUUUAAUUUUUUAUGUUUUGAGGUAGAGUCUCACUCUGUCACCAAGGCUGGAGUGCAGUGACACAAUCUCAGCUCACUGCAGCCUCCGCCUCCAGGGCUCAAGCAAUUCUCUGACCUCAGCCUUCAGAGUAUCUGGGAUUACAGGUGCCACCAUGCCCAACUAAUUUUUGUAUUUUUAGUAGAGGUGGGGUUUCACCACAUUGACCAGGCUGGUCUCCCAACUCCUGACCUCAGGUGAUCUGCCCCCGCUCAGCCUCCCAAAGUGCUGGGAUUACAGGUGUGAGCCACCGCACUCAGCCACCAUAAUUAAUUUUAAAACAUUUUCUGGCCAGGCCCAGUGGCUCACACCUGUAAUCCCAGCACUUUGGAAGUCCUGGGCCAGUGGAUCAUUAGGGAUUAGGAGUUCCACACCAGCCUGAGCAACAUGGCGAAACCCUGUCUCUACUAAACAUACAAAAAAUUAGUUGGGCAUGCUGGCGCACACCUAUAAUCUCAGCUACUCGGGAGGCUGAGGCAGGAGAACAGUUUAAACCCUAAGUCAGGGGUUGCAGUGAGCCUAGAGCACACCACUAGGCUCCAGCAUGGGCGAGAGUGAGACUCUGUCCCCAAAACAAACAAAAGAAAAGAAAACAAACAAACAAACAAAAAACAUUUUUACUGCCUCAAGUAUGCAUUAGCAGUCACUCCCCACUUUCCUUCAACUCUGUGGCCCUAGGCAACCUCUAAUCUGCUUUCUGUAUCUUCUGUCUACUCCUGGCUCUUUUUGGGUCUUAUCUGUAUUGCAAUUUGCUUAUCCGUAACGUCACAGGGUAACUGUGUGGUUUUAAAAGGCAAUAUGAAAACAUGAGAGCUUGUCUAGCAGGCCAAGCAAAGUGGCUGUGCCCUUUGCCGCUGCCCUGACUCCUGGUUUGCCAUCCCAGAGCAGGAUAGCACUGACGAUGCGUCACCGAGGCAGUGUGGGCUGUGGUAAAGAGUGUGGGUGCCAGACCCAGACGGCUAGAUUGGGAAUUCUGAACUCACGAUUUACUAGCUUUGCAAUUCUGGCAGUUUCUAAACCUCCUUGGGGCUUCAGAUUCCUCAACUGUCAAGAAUGAGUCACAGCAAGUACAGUCAUGCAUCCCUUAAUGGUGGGAUAGUUUCUGAUAAAUGCAUUGUUUAGGCGAUUUUGUCAUUGUGUGAACAUCAUGGAGUGUAUUUGCACAAAUCUAGAUGGUAUAUACAUUUUAUUUAUAAAAGCGUCCUUACUUUAGGCCUGGCACAGUGACUCAAAGCAUGUAAUUUCAGGACUUUAGAUAGCCAGGUGCGAGGGUUGCUUGAGGCACUGAGGUCAAGACUAGCCUGGGCAACAUAGCGAGACCUCUGUCUCUACAAAACAUUAAUAAAUUAGCCAAGCGUGAUGGUGCACCCUGUAGUCCCAAGUACUCAGGAGGCUAAGACAGGAGGAUCUCUUGAGCCCAGGAGUUGGAAGCUGCAGUGAGUUGUUAUCAUCCCACUGUACUCCAGCGUGGGUGACAGAAGAGAGACCCUGUCUCAAAAAAAAAAAAUCAUCCUUACUUCAUGGAGCUCAGUGGAGAAUUCAGUGACCUAUUUAAUACCUACUAUGUGCCAUGCAGUGUUUUGAACACCACAAAAGCCCCUGCCCUCCUGAAGCUUGUGUGGAGCAAGUGGAGAGCGACAGAAAUUAAUAAUCAUCAUAGUAAUCAUGAAUAAGAAAGCGCAUCUGUAAAUCACCUAGCGCCUGGCACGUGGUGAGCUCUCCAGAAGUAGUAGCAGUUAGGGUUAUUAUGUGAAAACACUGUGUAAAGCUGGAGAGCUCAGCAUAGAGGUAGGUCUCAAGGUGACUGUGCCAUGAGCUUGUCACCAUCACUGAAGCCUUACCUCAUCUCUGCUCAACUGAAUUUCAUUCAGCCUCCAAUCCUGGGUGAAAUCUUUGUCUCACUGUGUACAGCUUUCUCCUUUCCUCCUUUCAUCCAGCAUUUACUGAAUGGCACUUUGGGCCAAACACCCUGCUGGGCGCUGCAAAACCCAGGAGAAGCAUGGUCAGGAGCCUGCAGGAGGGAGCCCAGGGCAUUCUGGGAGCCUCGUGGCCACGCACACUAGAGCUAGACUGUCAAGGAACCUACUUGCUGAAUUUUGCUUUUAUUCUGCCAGGGGAGACUGAAGGCUGCUGAGCUGGGUGAUAAAGUUGGCGGAUAAACUAAGACUUCACAACAUUCUUGUUUAAGUAAUGCAUGGUAAAAGUAAAUAUCUGCAUUACGGUUAAAUCCAUAAUCCAUAUUUAAGCACUGCAGUCAAACCAAAAAGCUACAAGACGGAGAUGUAAAGGCAUGUAGAGGAGCACAGACCUCAGGGCAAAUGAUGUCUCCAACUGAAGACAGUGUACUCCUAAAUCAGCAAGAAAUGUGGUCAAACGGAGCAGGGAGGUUUUGAAGCUAGAUAAACCAUGGUUGGCACUUACUACCCGUUUUGAGCUAUUGCACCUCUACAGGAGGGUUAAUACCUGCAGUGUUGCUGAAAGGAUUAAAGAAAUAUCCGGCCGGGCUCGGUGGCUCACACCUAUAAUCCCAGCACUUUGGGAGGCCGACACGGAUGGAUCACGAUGUCAAGAGAUCAAGACCAUCCUGGUCAACAAGGUGAAACACGAUCUCUAUUAAAAAUACAAAAAAAAAAAAAAAUUAGCUGGGCAUGGUGGCGCACGCCUGUAGUACCAGCUACUCGGGAGGCUGAGGCAGGAGAAUUGCUUGAACCCAGGAGGCGGAGGUUGCAGUGAGCUGAGAUCGCGCCAUUGCACUCCAGCCUGGGUAACAAGAGCAAAACUCUGUCUCAAAAAAAUAUAUAUAUAUAUCCAUCAAGUGUCUGGCACUUAAUAGGCACACAAUAAGAGGUAUAUAUUAUUAGAUAUUAAUAAUAAUAUUAAGAUAAGUAGUACAGCAUCAUGGAAAGAGUUCUUGUGUCAGGCAGCCCUGUGUCCAAAUUCUGAUACAUCCCAAGCAAGCUGCUUAACCUUUCUGAGCCUUGAGUUGUCUCCUCACCUGCAAAAUAAAUGAAUAAGACCUCCCAUGUAGGGUUGAGGUAGGGAAUAAAUAAGAAUAUGGACUUUGUAGGUUAUAUAGUAGAUGUUCAGUUAAGUGCUAUUUUAAAACUAAAAUGGAGCUUUAUUGAAAUUUUUUGGUUAUUUUUUUUUUUCUGAGACAGGGUCUUGUCCUGUUUCCCAGGCUGAAGGGCAGUGGCACCAUCACAGCUCAUUGCAAUGUCCACCUCCCUAGCUCAGGAGAUCCUCCCACCUCAGCCUCCCAAGUAGUUGGGAGUACAGGUGUGCACAGCCAUGCCUGGCUAAUCUUUUGUGUUUUGUGUAGAAACACAGUUCUGCAGGCAAGGUGAGUGGCUCACACCUGUAACCCUAGCACUGCAGGGUUCCAAGACAGGUGGGUCACAGGUCAGCGCUUUGAGACCAGCCUGGCCAACAUGGCAAAACCCAUCUCUACUAAAAAUUCAAACAUUAGCUGGGCAUGGUGGCGCAUGCAUGUAAUCCUAGCUAUUUGGGAGGCCAAGACAGGAGAAUUGCUUAAACCCAGCAAGUGGAGGUUGCAGUGAGCCAAGAUAACCCCACUGCACUCCAGUCUGGGUGACAGAGCAAGGCUUUGUCUGUGGGGGCGGGGGAAGAAACAUGGUUUUGCCAUGUUGCUUAGGCUGGUACUGAAUAUUUUGAUUAUAAAAGUUAUAUAUUCUAAUGGUAAAAAAAAUUCAAACAAUGCAAAAACGUUUUAAGAAAGUAAUUACAUUGCUUGUAACUGAGGAUAAUGAAACAAAUUAAAAAAAAAAAAAAGAAAGUAAUUACAAUUCACUGGAAAUUCCAUUACCCAGAGCCAAUGAUAAUAUUUUGGGUACCUCUUUGUGCUAAUAUUUUGGUUUGACCAUCGUAAUAUACCUAAGUUUAUUCUAUGCACCUGUCCCGUUUUCACUCAAUGAUAUGUUGUGGACAUAUAUCCAAUUAAUAAAUUUAAAUUUAUGUUAUUGUUUUGUAUCAGUACCUAGCAUUAUAUGAUAUUAUAUUGUGCCAGGAUUUAUUUAGCACUGUUGAUGGUCAUUGAGGUUAUUUUCAGAUAUUUACCAUUUUAUACAAUGCUAUAUUAAACAACCUCGGAGAAA